AUGUUCGCUGCCCUACAAUAUGGAAAGGAACAGGCAGGAAAAUAAACAAAGAAAACGCGCUCAAUUUUUUUUUUUUCUCUUCUUGCAACACCGCUCCAUUCAAAAUUCAACCCAUUAGAGAAAUAAACCACAAACGCUAAACCCAAUUUCUUCUUCUUCUUCUUUCUCUUAUUAGUUUCUUUAUUUCAAAAGAAAAUGAACAAUAAAGACUCAUUUGACUGCCAAGAUUUAAUGGAUUCAGUGCUGUGUGUUUCGGAUGCGAAGCUGGUUCGGUCAGGGUUAACAAUAAGCACUUGUUGCGCAGCUAUAGGAGAAGAGCAUUGAAUGACAAUAUUCUUGCGUUUCUUGAACCAGAGAGUCCGUUGAUAUUUGUAAAUUCUGGUGGUGGGGCUAUAAAGGGAGAGGGGAAUUUCAAGAUUGAUAUUGAGGCAGAUAGCCAUUUUCAAGGAGGGGAUGUUCUAAGAACAGAAGAAAGUAUAACUUCUGGUGGUGAUAUACCUUCCAUUUACCAGUCGGCUCGGUAUGGUAACUUCGGUUACCGGUUUACCAACCUAUCUGCCGGAGAAUACUUUGUUGAUCUCCACUUUGCAGAGAUAGUACACACCAACGGCCCUAAAGGAAUGAGAGUCUUUGAUGUUUUUAUCGAGGAAGACAAGGUUUUGUCUGAGCUUGAUAUCUAUUCCGCUGUUGGGGCCAACAAGCCCUUGCAGGUGGUUAAUGUUAGAGUUUCUGUUGGGGAUGAUGGGGAUAUCUUGAUAAGGUUUCACGGAAUUCUUGGAAGCCCAAUUGUUAGUGGGAUUUGUAUAAAGCAGGCACCAGAAUUACCAACAUCUCAGGUGAAACAUGAGCACUUAAUAUGUAACAAUUGUGACACUGAAAUAAGUAUUUCGCCAUCUCAGAAAAAAUUUAUGGCCAUGAAAUUUAUAACUAAGUAUGAGAAGAAGAUAGAAGAAUUGAACAUUCUAUGCCAGCGUAAGGCAGAUGAAUGCUAUGAGGCUUGGAUGUCAUUGACGGCUACAAAUCAACUGCUAGAGAAGUCCAGAAUGGAACUUGAUAACAAGUUCUUCGAGAAUAUGUGCUUAGAUCAAGCUAUAGAAAAGCUAGCAGCAAAACUGAGGGAUGUUUCUAGUCAAUAUGAAUGUGAUAAGAGACUCUGGUCUGAAGCUCUUGACAAAUUGGAAAGGAAAGUAAAGAUAAUGAACAUAGAACACUCUCAGCUUUCUCAUGAAGCUCGUGACUGUGCCAGUUCAACUUCCAAAUUAAGUAAGAUGAUCUUUGCAGUCCAGGCAUUAGUUGCUCAGUGUGAUGAUCUCAAGUUGAAGUUUAAUGAGGAGCAGGUAAAAAGGAAGAAGCUUUUUAAUGAAGUUCAGGAAGCAAAAGGGAACAUUAGAGUGUUCUGUCGGUGCCGUCCACUAAAUAAGGAGGAAGCAUCAUCUGGGUAUGAAAUGGUGGUAGAUUUUACUGCAGCGAAGGAUGGGGAUCUUGGGAUACUAACAAAUACUUCAACGAAGAAAAUUUUCAAAUUUGAUCGAGUUUAUGCACCUACGGAUGAUCAAGUUGAUGUUUUCGCAGAUGUCUCUCCUUUGGUAACUUCAGUGCUAGAUGGUUAUAAUGUAUGCAUAUUUGCAUAUGGGCAAACUGGGACAGGAAAAACUUUCACUAUGGAGGGCACAGAGGAAAAUAGAGGAUUUAAUUACCGGACUUUACAAACUUUAUUCAAAACUGCUGAAGAAAGGAAAGAAACUGUCAAAUAUGACAUUUCUGUAAGUGUGCUUGAAGUGUAUAAUGAGCAAAUCAGAGACUUGCUUGCCACCUCUCAAACAUCUAAAAGGCUGGAGAUAAAGCAAGUUUCUGAAGGGGGUCAUCAUGUGCCAGGGUUAGUUGAAGCAAAAGUUGAGAAUAUUAAAGAGGUCUGGGAUGUUUUGCAGGCUGGAAGCAAUGCAAGGGCUGUAGGAUCAAAUAAUGUCAAUGAACACAGUAGCCGAUCUCAUUGCAUGCUUUGUACAUUGGUGAGAGCAAGGAAUUUGGUAACUGGUGAGUGCACCCAGAGUAAGCUAUGGCUUGUAGAUUUGGCAGGCAGUGAGAGGCUAGCAAAAACUGAGGUGCAAGGGGAUCGUCUUAAGGAAGCUCAAUAUAUCAACAGAUCACUUUCAGCUCUUGGAGAUGUAAUUUCUGCUUUGGCAACUAAAAGCAGUCAUAUUCCUUACAGGAACUCAAAGCUCACACAUUUGCUUCAGGAUUCAUUAGGGGGUGAUUCAAAAACCUUGAUGUUUGUGCAAAUCAGCCCUUCCAAGCAUGAUCUUGGCGAGACAAUAAGUUCUUUGAGCUUUGCAACCCGAGUUCGUGGGGUUGAGCUGGGUCCUGCAAAGAAGCAGGUUGAUAUGGUUGAGCUUCAAAAGCUGAAAAUGACACUUGAUAAAGCAAAACAAGAAUUGAAAUCUAAAGAUGAUGCCAUGCGCAAGCUACAAGAGGACUUCCAUAUUCUAGAAGUCAAGGCCAAAGGCAAGGAUCAGUGUUACAGAAACCAGCAGGAAAAGAUUAAUGAACUGGAAAGUCAACUGGCAAUGAAGACGGAGUUAUGUGAAAAGCUGGAGAACCGGUUGUUACAAUUUUCAGAAGGAAUGAAGGGAAAGGAGGAAAUCUGCACAAAUUUCCAGCAAAAGGUUGAGGAACUUGUGAACAAGCUGAAAGAGUAUGAACAAGCAGAGUCUAUGAAUCUUCAGUACCAGGUCAAGGAGCUUGAGAACAGACUGAAAGAAAGAUCACAAGGAUUUGAGCUUCACUCAAGUAUUCUCCAACAAAAGAUUAGGGAACUCGAAAACAAGCUGACAUGUGAAAGAGACAAUUCAGAUUCUCAGUUGCUUCAACAAAAGAUCAAGGUUCUUGAAGAGAAGCUCAUAGAGCAUGAACAAGGAGAGUGCACAUUGCAACUAUGCUCUGCGGAAAAGUUAGCAGCUACCCCAAUUUUAACAACAGCCUCUACUCAAAGGAGAAUGUCAAAUAUAGUUGAUGUAGAUCCCCCUAGUCAAAGGACCUUGGGCUCUAGCAACAGAACAAGGAACCAAGGUUCAGUUUUGCUCAAGGGAACUGAAUCCCUCCGUGAGUUGAGGAGGAAAAGAGACAUACAAAGCAAAGGGACAGAAAAUAAUUUCUUAUUGUCAACUUCUUUACUUGAGAAGAAGACGCUGUCAGCUGAAUCAAAUAAGGUAAAGCAUUUGGACCCAUCAAAAGCACUGGCAAGAAUUACAAGAAGUACAAAGCCAGCCAGCACUGCUCAAAAGGCAUGCUUCAUAAGCAAUGCCAGAGUCAACAGAGACGCUCAGGUUACAGCGGUAAAGGAGACUAAUAAUAAAUUGAAAGCUUGGUUAAGGUGAUUUAGGUUAUGGAUGCAAGUGUCCUUCAGAUGAUGUGGCAUACUCUGUAUUUGGGUAGUGAUUGUACAGUUGACAGUGACGAGCUAAAAAAAACAAUUUUAAAUGUUAGUGAUAUUUGUGUUAAUAUAUUAAUUUAAUUCUUUUCGGGGUAACGUUUUAUUCAA